GCCUGAGAUGUGUCCUCUGAUUUUCUACUACUUCUUCAUGCUGAUUGAGAAAGCCAUUGGAUGCUUUUUUUUCUGACGAUAAGAAAAGUCGUAUGAUCGGAAUGCAGUGGGCAAACACAAAUUUUGACAAUAGAACUUAUGAAAUGACAUACCGUGCUGCGUGCUAUAGACGAUAAUGCAACUUAACUUUUAAGCGUAUCGUCGUAUCAAGCAAUAUUGUGUUAUGCUGUAGCUAAUCAUCGAGCAUCGAAUCAACAAAAGAUCCUCUACACGAGAACUGGUUUUGGUUACCAUGAAGAUAGGCUGCAUCGUCCAAGAUAAAAAAUGACACUUUGUAUCCUGAAAUCACUCAUGGACACCAGUCUUUCCGAAUGGAGAGACAUGUAUAGAGAGUAGCAUAAAAAUGCCGAACACAAAGACUCUUGGAAAAACGGAGAAAGUAAUCAAGAUUUGUCCUGACGGUCAUUUGCGAGUUACUCUAGACGGUCACACAGGGACAUUUAAUCCAUUGAGCUUUAUGCGUGUCACUUCGAACAGUGAAUCAGGCAAUAUAUCCAGUACAGCGAGUAAAGCAGGUCGUGAAAACCUCUCAGGUGGUUCCUUAUUUCCAUUUAAACGUGCUGCCCGAGAAAUGGAAAAGCUGAUGAAAGAUACGGCGAAAGGGGAAGCCAGAGUUUCAGCACUUCGUGAAUACCUUCGAAAAUAUUCCGGAAAUGUAGACGCAAGACCCAGCAGUCUGAAUGGUGAAAAAGAAACGGCUCUACGAGUUGGAGCCCAUCAAGGGCAUCGUGAACUUUGUGUGAUAUUACUGGAUGGCGGGGCGUCCUUAAGGGUCGUCGAUGAAGACAGCGAGCCUCCUCCAUUUCAUUAUGCAGCGUUCGGAAAUGAACCGGAAGUGAUGGAAUUUUUACUGUCUCUUGGUGCGCCGAACGAUGCGGUUAACAACGGUCGCUGCAGUGCCCUUCACGUUGCCGCUAAUAUACAACAUUCCGGUUGCGUUCGUGUUCUACUGUGUCACGGCUGUGACGUAAAUCUUCAGGAUUCGUAUGGCGCUACGGCUCUUCACGAUGUUAUUGGCAAUGAUACGCUUGACAUUAUUGGCAAUGACGGCUCUGAAUGGACGAUGAGGAGUGUAAUGUUUUGAGGGGGGAACAAAGAUAAGGAGAUCCCGUCUUUAUGAGUAGCAAUGGGAAAUCUUUAUUAUUAGCGUCAGAGUAUGUACAUAUGUGUAAAUUACGAUUUAAUUGUAC